UCCAAUUGAGAAUUUUUAUUCAUCUUACCAUUUAAUAACUCAUAAUCAGAUCUUAGUAACUAACUAUUUGCAACUUGACAAUUUAAACUAGACCUUUGAAGUGAUUAAAUUUAAAUAUUAUUUAAUGGAUGAAAAUGGAAAAUUUUUCAAUCCCGAUACAUAUUGUAACAUUAUUUUAAAUCCAUUCAAUUUGAAUUGGUCAUUUCUCCAUCACAAUUAUUAUAAAGAGACAUCUAAAACAAUUAGUCUUGGACAGUUUAUAUGUGAAAAUGUAUGUAUAGCCAAAAAUGGACCGCCCCUUAAAUCGGGUCAAGUUAUACUUAUUCAAGUUGACUCGAUAGUGAUAUGAUCAUCUAAGCCUUAUUUGGCCACCCUCGGAGCAACCUUUUAUGGCCAUUAUGGGUAAACCCUUUAUGAAGGAGAUACAUUAGUUACAUUUAUAUAUGAAAAAUCAAGAUCUAGUGAUAUAACACAGGGUUUUCCAAAAGUAGAACAGGUGUUAGAAGUGCGUUCGAUUGAUUCAAUAUCCAUGAAUCUAUAAAAUAGGGUUUAGGGUUGGAACAAACGUAUAACAAGAAUUCUUGAAAUUCCUUAGGGAUUCUUGAUUGGUGCUGAGCUAACUAUAGCGCAAAGCCGAAUCUCUUUGGUUAAUAAAAUCCAAUAGGUUUAUCGCUCCCAUGGGGUGCAGAUUUAUAAUACGCAUAUAGAAAUUAUUAUACGUCAAAUAACAUCAAAAGUAUUGGUUUCAGAAGAUGGACUGCUUAAUGUUUUUUCACCCGAAGAAUUUAUUGGAUUGUUUCGAGCAGAACAAAUGGGUUGCGCUUUGGAAGAUGCAAUCUGUUAUCGAGUCAUCUUAUUGGGAAUAACAAGAGCAUCUCUCAAUACUCAAAGUUUCAUAUCUGAAGCGAGUUUUCAAGAAACUGCUCGAGUUUUAGUAAAAACGGCUCUUCGGGGUCGUAUCGAUUGGAUAAAAGGCUUGAAAGAGAAUGUUGCUUUUGGGGAUGGGGGAAGGGGGUGAUACCCAUUGGUACCGGAUUCAAGGAAUUAGUGCACCCUUUAAAAUAACAUAACAACAUUCCUUUGGAAACAAAAAAAAAGAAUCUAUUUGAGGGGGAGAUGAGAGAUAUUUUGUUCCACCACAGAAAAUUAUUUGAUUCUUGCCUUUCAAAAAAACUUCACGACAUAUCCGAACUAUCAUUAAUAGGAGUAAUGAUUCCUAACAACGGAUUUAUCUCUUUGGUUAUCUGUAUUUGGGAUAGUUAUUUGCUUUGGUAAUAAAAAGAAUAAUAGUUUGGGUCGUGUAUCUACAUCCAAUCUAUGGUAGAAGAGAAGGUUCCAUCGAAAUAAUUAUUUAUUUUAGUUCAGGGUUCCUCAUCUUUUUUUAAAGAAUAAGAAAAAUGAGGAGGUUGUAGGGAGAAAUGACAUGAAGAUAUUGGAACAUAAAUUUGGAACAGAAGAUGGAGGCAGGAGUUCAUUUUGGUCAUGGUACUAGGAAAUGGAAUCCUAAAAUGGCGCCUUAUAUCUCUGGAAAAACAUAAGGAAAACUCGUGUGCUUGGGAUUCCUUGAUGAUUAAAUAAACCAAGAUUUUACCAUGACUGCAAUUUUAGAGAGACACAAAAAUGAAAGCUUACGGGGUCGCCUCUGUAACUGGACAACUAGAACUGAAAACCGUCUUUACCUUGAAUGGUUUGGUGUUUUGAUGAUCCCUACCUUAUUGGCGGCAACUUCUAUAUUUAUUAUUGCCUUCAUUGCUGCUCUUCCAGUAAUUGAUGGUAUUCGUGAACCUAUUUUAGGGUCUCUACUUUAUGAAAAUAAUAUUAUUUCAGGUGCCAUUAUUCCUACUUCUGCAACUAUAGGUUUACAUUUUUACCCAAUCUGGGAAGUGACAUCCGUUUAUGAGUGGUUAUACAAUGAUGGUCCUUAUGAACUAAUUGUUCUACACUUCUUACUUGGCGUAGCUUGUUACAUGGGUUGUGAGUGGGAGCUUAGUUUCCUUCUGGGUAUGCGACCUUGGAUUACUGUUGCAUAUUCAGCUUCUGUUGCAGCUGCUACCGCAAUUUUCUUGAUCUACCCAAUCGGUCAAGGAAGUUUUUCUGAUGGCGUAGCUGGUGUAUUUGAAGGCUCCCUAUUCAGUGCUAUGCAUGGUUCCUUGGUAACUUCUAGUUUGAUCAGGGAAACCACAAAAAAUGAAUCUGCUAAUGAAGGUUACAGAUUCGGUCAAGAGAAAGAAACUUACAAUAUUGUAGCUGCUCAUGGUUAUUUUGGCCGAUUGAUCUUCCAAUAUGCUAGUUUCAACAACUCUCAUUCGUUACACUUAUUCCUAGCUUCUUGGCCUGUAGUAGGUAUCUAGUUUACCUCUUUAGGUAUCAGCACUAUGGCUUUCAACAUAAAUGGUUUCAAUUUUAACCAAUCUGUAGUUGACAGUCAAGGCCGUGUAAUUAACACUUGGGCAUAUAUUAUUAACCGUGCUAACCUUGGUAUGGAAGUUAUGCACGAACGUAAUGCUCAUAACUUUCCUCUAGACUUAGCUGCUAUUGAAGCUCUAUCUACAAAUGGAUAAGACUCCAGUCUAGUCUAUAGUAGGUUUUGAAAAGAAAGGAGCAAUAAUCAUUUUCUUGUUUUAU